CACAGCCUCUCAAUACAACAAAAGCGCAUCGCCGCCGGUUAGAGACGUGAUGUAAAGCGGUUACACAGAUUGUUUAAAUCUUCGUUUAGUCAUCAGGUGAUGAGAUAAUAACUGAGUAGAUUAUCCAGUUAACAGUGUUCUGUUCUGAUAAUUUUGCUGACUAUUUCACUGAUUGCUGUGUUAUCAGGUGUGUUUGCGGUAAAUAAGACGUGAAUUUAUUAAAUUUAUUAACGGUUCGAGAGCAGAUGGAUUAACGUUAUAACGUUACGCGUUAAUUCAGCGACCAGCAUCAUGACCACCGUCUACAAAAAGUGAAAGACGUGCACUGCUGGUUUAUUUCUCCCUGACAGACAUCACAGGCUUCUGUGCUGAUUGCUGGGUUAUCUGCCACUGAGGGAAGCCAAUGUCACAACAGACAAGUUAGAGGGAGAGAGAGACGGGAACAGAGAUAACUUAGAGUUUCCUCUGACAAAUUUUGUACGUGGACAGACGCUCAAAGAAAACGAAAAUGCCAGUAGCAUCCACCAGCUCUGACUCAGCAAUGCAAAGUCUUCUAGACACCUUGAGUGACAGCACUAGCUCCACCACAGCCAAUGACCUGGACCUCAUCUUCCUCAAAGGAAUCAUGGAGAGUCCAGUGUCUCGUGAGCACUAUGAAGAGCCGAAGCUGGAGGCGGUGAGGGACAAUAAUGUGGAGUUAGUGCAGGAUAUCCUGAGAGACCUCACCACUCUCACAUCUCACAGUCAGGCAGCAAAUGAGCUCGCCUGUAUCCUCAAAGAGCCGCAUUUUCAGUCUUUACUUGAAACACAUGACUCUGUAGCUUCCAAAAGCUAUGAGACUCCACCUCCCAGCCCCUGUGCAUUUAUGGACCCUGCAUUCAACAACCAGCCUGUGCCUCCGGAUGCUGUCAGGAUGGUGGGCAUCCGCAAAGUGUCUGGAGAGCACUUGGGUGUGACAUUUCGGGUGGAGGGUGGGGAGCUGGUGAUUGCUCGGAUCCUGCACGGAGGCAUGAUAGAUCAGCAGGCCCUGCUGCAUGUGGGUGACAUCAUCAAAGAGGUGAAUGGACAAGAGGUGGGGAGUGACCCGAAGGUACUUCAGAACAUGCUAAAAGAGUCCAGCGGCAGCGUGGUCCUCAAAAUCCUCCCCAGUUACCAAGAACCACACACACCACGACGGGCCUAUGUAAAGUGUCACUUUGACUAUGACCCCUCUCACGACAACCUGAUCCCCUGUAAAGAAGCUGGACUCAAAUUCAGCAGUGGAGACAUCCUUCAGAUCUUCAACCAGGAGGACCCCAACUGGUGGCAGGCUUGUCAUCUGGAAGGAGGCAGUGCAGGCCUGAUCCCCAGUCAGCUGCUAGAGGAGAAGAGAAAAGCAUUUGUCAAGAGAGACCUGGAGCUAUCUAGCACAGGGCCUCUGUGUGCAGGGAUUGGGGGUAAGAAGAAAAAGAAGAUGAUGUACUUGACCACCAAGAAUGCCGAGUUCGACCGACAUGAGUUGAGGAUCUAUGAGGAAGUGGCCAAGGUGCCUCCGUUCCGCAGGAAGACACUGAUUCUGAUUGGAGCACAGGGUGUGGGCCGCCGCAGCUUGAAAAAUAAACUUUUGGUGUCGGACCCACACCGUUACGGAACCACCACACCAUACACAUCUCGUAAACCCAAGGUGGACGAGAAGGAGGGGCAGAUGUACUUGUUUAUGUCUCGCAGCGAGAUGGAAACCGACAUCAAAUGUGGCCGUUUUCUUGAACACGGGGAAUAUGACGCAAACCUGUACGGCACCAAGAUCGACUCCAUUCAUGAAGUUGUGGACUCCGGCAAGAUUUGCAUUCUGGAUGUCAAUCCGCAGGCGCUCAAAGUUUUGCGAACAGCUGAGUUUCUUCCAUAUGUGGUAUUCAUCGAAGCCCCAAACUUUGAGGUCCUGAAAGACAUGAACAGAUCUGCCAUCGAGGCUGGUGUUGUGACUAAACAGAUGACGGACUCAGAGCUCAAACGAACAGUGGAUGAGAGUGAGAGGAUCCAGAGGGCGUACAGUCACUAUUUUGACCUGAGCAUUUUGAAUGACAACCUGGACGGAGCGUACCGCAACCUCAGGAGGGCGCUGGACAGACUCAACACAGACCACCAGUGGGUUCCUGUCAGCUGGGUCUUCUGAGAGCAGUUGGCUUCUUCAGUCUGCAUUUCUCAAAGUGGCUAGGAGUCUGCUGUAAUCUAUGUGAACUUGCCUGUUCUGUAGAUUUUUGCACAAGAAAAACACGAUGAUACAAAGCUAGUUUAUUAAUUUGUAAAGAAACGAAGCUGAUCUGUAUAUCUGUAUUUGUUCUGAAGAAGUUCUGUACAGUGCUGUACGUUGGUUAUACCUGUGAGUGUAGGGCUGUAUAUUUGUAUAGAAGCUGUAGAAUAUGUUUUAGCACCCUUACGUUACAAUAAAGCUAUUCAGAAUAAUG